AGGAGAAAGUGGGAGAUUGCAUAAAUCUUUGUAGACAACUUGGCUGCAAGCAGUUAAACUGAAAUUAACUUCUGCCUUCUGGCUGCAGAGCACUAGUCUGACGUUCCUGCGUGAUACUCUGCAGACUAAAUCAUGCCAGCGUUAUCAGCUGGAUCUGGAAGUGACACAGGUCUGUACGAGCUGCUGGCUGCAUUGCCAGCCCAGCUGCAGCCACAUGUGGACAGCCAGGAAGACCUGACCUUCCUCUGGGAUAUGUUUGGUGAAAAAAGCCUUCAUUCACUGGUGAAGAUUCAUGAAAAACUGCAUUAUUAUGAAAAACAGAAUCCAGUGCCCAUACUCCAUGGUGCAGCAGCCUUGGCAGAUGAUCUGGCUGAGGAGCUGCAGAGCAAGCCACUGAGCAGUGAGAUCAGAGAACUCUUGAAACUCCUCUCAAAACCCAACCUGAAGGCUUUGCUGUCUGUACAUGAUACUGUUGCUCAGAAGAACUACGAUCCUGUCUUGCCCCCUAUGCCUGAUGAUAUUGAUGAGGAAGAAGAUUCAGUUAAAAUAAUCAGGCUCGUCAAAAACAGGGAACCUUUGGGGGCUACUAUUAAAAGGGAUGAGCAUACUGGUGCAAUUGUGGUGGCCAGGAUAAUGCGUGGAGGAGCUGCAGAUAGAAGUGGUCUUAUUCAUGUUGGUGAUGAACUGAGGGAAGUCAAUGGGAUUCCUGUAGAUGAUAAAAAACCUGAAGAAAUAAUACACAUUUUGGCUCAGUCUCAAGGAGCAAUUACAUUUAAAAUUAUACCUAGCGUGAAGGAAGAAAUGCCAGUGAAGGAAGGCAAGAUGUUUAUCAGAGCCCUAUUUGACUAUGAUCCUAAUGAGGAUAAAGCGAUUCCUUGUAAAGAAGCUGGACUUGCUUUCAGAAAAGGAGAUGUCCUUCAGAUCAUGAGCCAGGAUGAUGCAACCUGGUGGCAGGCCAAACACGAAGGUGAUGCCAAUCCCAGAGCAGGCUUGAUCCCUUCAAAGCACUUCCAGGAGAGGAGAUUUGCACUAAGAAGACCAGAAGUGCAGAUUCAGCCACUGAAAAUUUCCAACAGAAAAUCAUCUGGUUUUAGAAGAAGCUUUCGUCUUAGCAGGAAAGAUAAAAAAACAAACAAAUCUAUGUAUGAAUGCAAGAAGAGCGAUCAGUAUGAUACAGCAGAUAUCCCAACAUAUGAAGAAGUUGCAAAAUAUAGACGACAACCUAAUGAAAAAUACAGGCUUGUAGUUUUGGUUGGUCCUGUAGGGGUCGGACUGAAUGAACUUAAACGGAAAUUGCUGAUCAGUGACACCCAGCAUUACGGGGUAACGGUGCCACACACUACCCGACCAAGGAGAAGCCAAGAAAGUGACGGUGUCGAAUACAUUUUCAUUUCCAAGCACUUGUUUGAGACAGAUGUACAGAAUAACAAGUUUAUCGAGUAUGGCGAGUAUAAGAACAACUACUAUGGUACAAGUUUAGACUCCGUCCGAUCCGUUCUAGCUAAAAACAAAGUUUGUUUGUUGGAUGUGCAGCCUCAUACAGUGAAACACUUACGGACAUAUGAAUUUAAACCAUUUGUUAUAUUUAUAAAGCCUCCAUCACUUGACCGCUUGAGAGAGACCAGAAAAAACGCCAAGAUUAUUUCAAGUAAAGAUGAUAAGGGAACUGCAAAACCCUUUACAGAAGAAGAUUUUCAAGAAAUGAUUAAAUCUGCCCACGUGAUGGAGAGCCAUUACGGCCACCUUUUCGAUAAAGUGAUAGUCAACGAUGACCUCGCUACAGCUUACAGUGAGCUUAAAACAACUUUUGACAGGUUGGAGACCGAGACCUUCUGGGUUCCCGUCAGCUGGCUACAUUCGUAA